AUUUUCUUUUGAAUUAUAGAGGAUCUUUGAGAACGUGUUCCAGGUAUUCACUUCAGCUGUGAUCCGGUCCUUGCAUUGUUUUGGUGUUGGUUGCAGGCAGCAUGGCGAUGGGAGGCUGCCAAGUAAGCAGCCGGUGCAGUAAGAAGAAUAAGCUUGAUGGUCUGCAGUGGUGAAUGUCAUCAGAGAGCAGCAAGCAGGCGCCCGAGGAGGACCUGCUUCACAUGAUGCAUCCAUGAAGGCAUAAGGAUUUACAGGUUUCGGAUCCGACUGGACAAAGAUGGGGUGUCUCUCUCUGCUCCUCAUUACUCUGACUGCGUGUCUCCCUUCACUUGGAAGCUUGUCAGACUCACAUUCCUGGACAGAGACGACCAUUCGUCGAGUGAGUGAAACAGAACAUAGCAGCGUGGGCAGCAAGGCAAACCGAUUGGAUGGCACAAUUCGUCCCCUUGCAGAGGAACAGGCCAGAAACCAAGAUGAGUUGACCCCGACUGGAAGCGUCGCCGUCACUAGACCUCAGUUAUUUGGGCCUGGAGCCUCUGGAGCAGCAGACGCUAAUUCUUCCGUUACAAUACGCAGUCGUCUAGGAGUAAAGUCCCUGGGCCGUCUCCGCAAAACUGCAAGUGUUGAUAACAGAUCCCUAACUGAUGAAGACCACCCAGUCCAAACUCGUGUGUUUUCCUCUGCGACAAAGGACAACUUGUCGAGAUAUGGACGACCAUGCAUCCAAAGUCCUUGUGUCCGUCUUACCAACUACAACGGCACCAACCUGCAGUGGGACGACAUGAGACGCACGCUGGCGUUCGCCUGGGAAAUCCACGUCUUUGGCUCAGCCAGCCUCUUUAUUCUGAUGGCGUCUUUGGCUUUUUUAGGACUAGUCGGUGCCUCCACUCUACCUUACCCCCACUGCGGCACUCUGAUGCUGGCUAACAGCGCCCUGAUUGUGGGGGGUGCCGUGCGGGCCGUCCACCUGCUGCUGGAUCCUUACGGGACCUGUCAGAUCGUGUCUCACGCCACGCUGGCGGCGCUGCAGAAUGUCCCCAUGCAGCUUCUCCCGUGGGCUCAGGUCACCCUCACGCUUGUCACGCCCAGGCGGUUCAAAUUGUUCCUGUUCCCGGUGAUGCUGCAGAAGCCUCAGGUGGUCGCAGGGCUGCUUGUCUCACACUGCACUGUUCUCCUAGCAGCAGACUUACAUUUCACUGAUUUAUUGCCACUGCUCCCUCUUUUCCUGCAGACUCUGUCCCUCUGCUGGGGCCUCCCGUUCUGCAUGGAAAUCCUCACCAAGUCCCUUUCCCAUUUAAACAUCUUCUACAGGUCUUCACUUCUUCGGGGGGUUUCUACACAGAGGAUCGAGAUGUGCGCAAAGCGAGUCACAGCCGUGUGCGCCUCCCUGGGCAUUGUUUGCUGUAGCCUUCAGAUUUGCAGUCUCCUGUGGCUCUACGGGCUGAUGGGGAACUGGAGGCGCUUCGGUUGGGGCUGGUGGCUAGGUCAGUUCUGGGCUAGGAUUCUGGAGUUAGCUUGGGGCUUCUCCUUGCUCGUCUUGGGUUCCUGGAUCUUCUGGAUGCCCUCCAGGAGACGUGGCCAACGCGAGGUCUCGAAGACGACAAGCUGGUGGGACAGGGUCUUAGCCAGCGUCCAACAAGGGCGGCUCAAGCGGAGUGAGAAGAAAUGGAGAGCGCUGAUGCCAAACAACUUGGCUAAGCAUCAUUUGUCAGGAGCGAGUUUCAUCACGAGUCCCUAUGAAAACCAACCGUCUGUCGUUGUAACAGAAUACAAGUGCGAUCCCUCCGGCAUCAGCAAUGGUGACUCUCAGGCAGCGUUCCUGCAAAAAGUGAGUGAGCGUGAAUGUAUUCUCUCCUUCAUUGAGCUUGACACGAGGUCACCAUCUCCCGUUAACCCGAGGCGCAGCAUGGACAAUGCCCUCCAUCACGGACAGCUUCUAGCCGGUAGUCUGUUUACACCUCCUCCUCCUUCAUGGACGCACUCUGACGACGAGAACGGCACGACGGCUUUCCCUCCGGCCUAUGUUGGCUACGGCUGGAUGAUAGACACGGAAUCCAUCCCCGCAUCUCUGGAUCAUUUCCAAGCCAGGGAGCCGUCACAGAUCACGGAUAACGGUUGUAAUGACCAGUCUCCGAAAACCCAUCGGGAAGAGGAGUUUUCUUCAAGGUUAUCAACGCCGUCACAUUCAAAUGAUUGGUCCGAUGAAGAUGUCACCAACUUUUAAGACGUAACAUCUUUAAUCUGAGGUCUUCAACACGGGGUCCGCAAAGGUACUGCAGGAGUGUUUUGACAUUUUUGAUGGAUUAGACUAAGGGGUCCCCAAACUACGGCCGAACACAAAGUCCGGCCUGCGGGAAGUCUCAAGCUUUUUUUUAAUUAGUCCGACCGCUUCUAUGUUAGCUACCUCUCUUUGUUUAUAAUGUCUAUUUUUCUGCUGGAUCUACUCUCGAUUUCCUUUUUGCUGCAACGGUUACAUAUACUGUAAUACUGUACAUCAGGAGUGUCCGACUCAUUUGAGUUCAGGGGCCGCAUGGAGGAAAAUCUGCGCACACGCGGGCCGGACUAUUAAAAUCAUGGCAUUAAAACUAAAACAUAAAGACAACUUCAUAUUGUUUUCUUUGUCUUACUUUGGCCAAAAAUAGAACAAACACAUUCUGAAAAUAUGACAAUAAAAGUAUUGAAAAAAAUACCCGGCAGCCGUAAAGUUUAGAUCAGGGGUCUCAAAACUACGGCCCGCGGGCCGAAUACGCCACAAUGUCGGGCGAGCGUGCACACGCGGCGCACUCUUUUAGUCAAUUAAUG